AUGAUGGCACCAUUUCGACUACGGACCUUGCUCUCCGCCGUGCUCCUUGUGUCGUUCUUCUGGUGGCUCUACUCGCGACGCCAGUUUCUCGCGUCGUUGGAGACGCACUCUACAGAUGGCUCCUUAGGGGACUUUGAGCGCGAAGCUCACAUCGAGUUCUGGCGCAAAUUCCAGCCGCUGCUCAUGCAGUAUAAGCCGGAUUGCGAUCCUCCAGAGAGGCUGGGCACUUCAGGGGCCAUUGGGUACAAACCGAAGGAUCCGGAGCCUCGACCGGAGCUCGUGGACAUGCCUGGAAGGGAUGUGGCGAAGAUGAAAAUGGCACACGACGGCUUUGUGAACGCGAUCAAAACUCAAGAUCUGCAACUUCAUUAUACUCCGGGGACCAGAGGCUUGGUCUCAACCGCAGGGGGCUCAUACCUGCCAGUUUUGGUGAUCUCUCUGCGGAUGCUGCGACGUACGGGUUCACAGUUGCCCAUGGAGGUGUUCCUGGCAGACCCGGAGGAAUAUGAGGAAUACAUCUGCGAUGUAGUCCUGCCGUCGUUAAAUGCCAAGUGUGUCGUGCUGUCGGAGAUUCUCGAUUCUGUCCCGGGGGGGAUUGAGAUCGAGAAAUAUCAGUUCAAGCCCUUCGCAAUGAUCUUCUCUUCGUUUGAGGAGAUCUUAUUCCUAGAUGCGGACGCCUUCCCCGUCGACAAGCCAGAAUUACUCUUCCAGAAGGAACCAUUCAAGUCAAAACACAUGGUGACUUGGCCUGACUUUUGGGCGUCGUCAGCCUCGCCGCUGUAUUAUAGCAUAGCCUCACAGGAGGUCCCACCCAUGACACUCCGGCAGUCCACCGAGUCUGGCGAAGUGGUCAUUUCCAAAAGAACCCACGGAAGUGUCCUUCUGCUGUGCACUUACUACAACUAUUGGGGCCCAACCCAUUAUUACCCCUUGCUGUCACAGGGUGCUCCAGGAGAGGGUGACAAGGAGACGUUCUUGGCGGCUGCCAUAGCUUUGAAUAAGCCGUUCUACCAAGUCAGCGAACCCAUUUGUGCCAUUGGGCAUGGUACCGCGGGUGGUCUGGCUGGCUCUGCCAUGGUCCAGUUCGAUCCUUCGGAGGACUAUGCGUUGACUCAGAAGGGCGAGUGGCGUGUAAAUGGUUCGACUGCGCCUGCGCCUCGGCCAUUCUUCGUCCACGCCAAUUUUCCCAAAUUCAACCCAGCUACCGUCUUCACAAAGCAGUAUGUGAAUCCUGCCUUUGAAGAUGAUGGCAAGACCUAUACACGCGCCUGGACCAUCCCCCACCCCGUCAUUGAGGCGCUUGGUGACACGGAGAAGCACUUCUGGGAGGAGAUCAUGUGGACGGCAUGUGAACUUGAAACGAAGUUCCGGAGUUGGAAAGGCCAGAAGGGCAUUUGCCAGGGUGUGAAGGAUUACUGGAACGCCAUCUUUGCGACCCCUGAGACUGUAGCACUAUGA